AUGCCGAUCUUGAGGUUCUUGGACGCAUUGGCCAUGAUCUUGGCGGCGGUGGCAGUCAUCGUGCGAGACAUCCUCUCGUCAGCCGUCACCUUUGCUGGUGGCCUGGCCCUUGGCAUUGGUGGCGUCCUCGCACUGAGCCGCGCAUCCUUCGCCCCAGCUACUCGUCCUACAAAGAGUACAAAGGCAAAGGUCGAGCGUCAGCUGGGCCUCAGCAAUGGCGAGGCUGUCAUCGCUCCUAAAGCCGUCGAGGCUGACGCAGCUGAUGCAGCUUCGGCCAAGGAGCCACUGCCCCUCAGCAAGCAGCUCGAUGAGAUCGACGCAAAGGGCCUUGGCCCUGCUAAGCCUCAGCCCGUAAAGGGCGACGGACCCAUGCUUCAGCAGCAGCAGCCUGAGUCGCUCCACAGCCAGCUCCCUCAGCCUGCUCCUCACCAGACGAAACAGCCUAUUCGUCACACCAAGGCAGUAGCUGGUGGCGAUUACCCCGAAGCAGCUCCUCAGCUUCGAGCACGAGCCUCGCAGCUUCGUGGCGAUCUUUCUGCGCCUGCACCCGCUCAUGGAGAUGCGCUCCUCAACGCUGAGCGAGCUGCCGCCCCCGUCUGGCUGACCGGCUUGUCCAACUCAGCCGCCGUCCGAGACUCGACUGCUCAGGGCGCCAUCGAGGGCAUCGCCUACGCCAACUCUGACGCCAUGUUCGUCUACGAGUCCGCUACCAACGCAGGUUUCGGCUCAUGGUCCGAGAAGGAGGCUACCGAGGCCAACAGCAAGGGCUGGAUCGAGGGACGUCCCCGUGUCUUCCCCAUGCAGACUCGCACCGGCGCUGGUACGGCCAUUGCAGGCUAUCUUUCAGCCAAGGGGGCUGGUAGCGCUGUUGCCCAAGUGGCAGGUGGACGCAAGACAGUCUCUGCUCUGACCAAUGCUUCCGGUCUCCUCGCCAUGGCUCCCUCGCUCGUCAGCCUUCCCGCUCCUGCUCAGGGCCGCCUCGUGCUGCAGGUCUCGAGCGCCUCUCAAGACAUCAAUCGCGACACCCUCGAGGUCAAGAAUGACCACGCCUCCGUCUUGGCCGCCGCUUCUACUCUCUCGGCCAACGAAGACUUCGCCAUCGUCCUCUCCGGCAGCCGUCAAGAGGCCGUCGAUGUCGCUGCUGCCUCCUACGCCGUCACUGACUCCCACAUUGUCCACGUCUUCGACGGUGCUUAUGGCGGUCGCGAGGUCGCCCAGCUCAACAUCGCUGCUGCUGAUGCCGCUCUGAAGGGGUCCACCGACAUCGUCUCUGCCCUGCAAGCCAAGAAGCUGUCGCACUUCUCCUACUCGGGCUCGCGAGCUCCCUCGACGGUCCUCGUCGUACCAAACGGCUCGCAUGCUACUGCUGCCCGCACAAUGCUCGCCGAGCUGCCCGACUCCAUUCGCUCCACUGUUGGCGUCAUCGCAGCUCGCAUCAUCCGCCCGUGGUCGGACGAGGAGCUCCAGAAGGUCAUCCCGCCUAGCGUGCGUUCCAUCUUCGUUCUCGACGAGACGCGCGUCUCUGGCGCAACCGGCCCCCUGUACGAGGACGUCCAGUCUGCUAUCUUCUCCACUAGCAUCGGAAGCGCCACUGCUCCUCGUGUCCUGCCGCUCUCCUUCCCUCAGGGACAGACGGUCGCACCUGGCCAGUGGGCCGCCAUCUUCCAGUCCAUUGCUGGAGCCAAGCAGCCUGUCGACGCGGCUGAGGUCAUCGCUACAGCCCCUACAUCCAUUGAGAAGGACAUCGCCGUCAUGGGCGGUGCUCAGAGCCGCCUUGCUUCCAUUUACGACGCCGACUCAAGUAACACAGCUCUGCUUGCUUCGCACCUCGCCCGCACCCUUCGCGAGCGCGGCGAAGCUGCGAGCCUCUUCAGUCGCUACGACAAUUUCGAAGCCGGUGGGCUUGUUCGAUCCGAUCUCCUCACUGGUGCGCACCCCGCAGCACGGAUCCCCGUCCACCUUGCUGCACAGGACUCGUCUGUGUCUACGCUCAUCAUCGCCGAUCCAGCGACAACGCUCAAGCACUACAGUGUCUUCGAAAGCCUCAAGCCCGGCGGAAGCGUGCUCAUCAAUGUCCCUGGGUGGGACAGCGCUGAGCUUGCGGCUAGGCUGCGCGCCGACGAUAAGAAGACGCUCGCUGCCAAGAAGGCCCGCGUGUAUCUCAUCGACUCCAGCGCCGUCGUCGAGGGCUUGCUGGACGUUACGGCCAAGGCUCGCGGAGGCAACAAUAAAAUCAACGCCGAGACCGUGCCUAAAGAGGUGGCUACUGUCGUGCUUGCCGCCGCCUUCCAUCGCAUCCACUUUGGAUCCAGCGGUAUCGCUCUGACUGCGAUUCUCGAGAAGUCACUCGGAGUCGCGCCUCUUGGCGUCAAUGGCGUGGUGGGCCUAGUCGAAGCUGCCGAGAAGGCAUUGACACUUGCUUCUUACAACGACGAGGACCUCGCCGCCUCCCAGCCCGUGGAGGGCGAAGACGCUGUGCAGCGUCCGACUGCCUUCCGCUACAACGGCUUCCUUCCCAGCGCCGACGCCGCCACAGUCGGUCAGGAGGCUGCAGCCGUGCGCUCAACUUGGGCUCUUCCAGCUUGGCAGCUUCUCUUCUCCGAGGCGUACCACCUCAAUCGUCACGCCCUUCGCCCUGAUCUCCACGAGAAGAAUUACGUCGCCACCGUCACCGAAAACCGUCGUCUCACUCCUGCUGACUACCCGCGCAACGUAUUCCACAUGGAGCUCUCUACUGCCGGUACUGGACUGCGCUACGAAGUCGGCGAGGCUCUUGGCGUGCACGGAUGGAACGACGAGGAAGAGGUACGCGACUUCAUCAACUGGAGUGGCUACGACCCCGAUGAGCUGCUGGCCAUCCCGAGCCUCGAGGACCCAAGCCGAUACGAGACGCGAAGUGUCUUCCAGAUUCUGCAGCAACGUCUGGAUAUCUUUGGAAAGCCGGGCAAAUCCUUCUACGAGGCCUUGUCCAAGCUGGCAACGAAUGUGGACGAGGCCAAGUGGCUGCGCUUCAUCUCCUCUGCCGAGGGUAAUGCCACGUUCAAGAAGCUCAGCGAGGUGGAAACGGUCACCUACGCUGAGUGCUUGGCCAUGUUCCCCUCUGCGCGCCUGCCCCUCGACGUGCUUGUCAGGGAGGUGCCUAUGAUCGAGCCCCGCUCCUAUUCCAUCUCCUCUGCUCAGGCUGCGGUAGGCGACUCCGUGCACCUCCUCAUCGUGACAGUCGACUGGGCUACCCCCAGCGGCACGCCUCGCUACGGGCAGUGCACGCGCUACCUCGCAAAUCUGAAGCCAGGCGCAAAGGUCACUGUAAGCGUCAAGCCAGGCACGAUCAAGCUGCCUCAGUACCCGACCCAACCUGUCAUCGGCGCUGGGCUGGGUACCGGUCUUGCCCCCCUCCUCGCCAUCAUUCAAGCCCGCGACAUGCAGCGCAAGGCUGGCCUCGAGGUUGCACCAGUGCACAUCUUCUUCGGCUCGCGCUCUCGCUACGCUGAGUUCCUUUACGCCGAGCAGCUGGAGGCCUAUGAGCGAGAUGGUCUCGUCAAGCUCGGCCUGGCCUUCUCUCGUGACCAGCCGCAGAAGAUCUAUAUCCAACACAAAGUCCAGGAGGCAGCGGAGGAUAUCGCCGCUGCCUUGGGUCCACAGGAGGAUGUGGAGAAGCGUGGGUCUUUCAAUCUCUGUGGGCCCACCGACCCUGUCUUCGAUGUGACGCAGAGCAUUAUCGGCGCUUUGGUUGAUAAGAGGGGGAUGACCAAGCAGCAGGCUGAGGAGCACAUCGAGACAUUGAAGGAGCAGGAGCUCUGGGUACUCGAGACGUACUGA